AUGUAUCAAGUAGAUGAUGGAGGUCUUGAUGGGAAGUUUCUUUUGGCGACAAGGUUUUUUACUGGUAGAGCGUUGAACAUGGAAGCAAUCGCUCAAACUUUUAAAUUACUUUGGCAUACUAAGAAGGGAUUCGAAGUGCGCAACAUGGGCAGUCAUCGAGUGUUAUUUCUGUUCUUGGAAGAGUCGGAUAUAGACAGAGUUGUAGCAGGUGAGCCGUGGUCUUUUAACAAGUACUUGGUUCAUGAUCUUCCUGUGGGCAAUUUGAAUAUGAGAGUGAUCCAAGAGAUUGUUUCCGUGGCAGGGGAAUUUGUACACAAUAGGGCAGAGCACGAGGAUUAUGAAGGUGGCAAUUUCAUGCGAGUUAGGAUGAAGGUUGAUGUUACAAAACCUUUGAGCAAAGGCAGAAAAAUAGGAUUGUGCAAUGAAUCUGAGGCACAGCAAACAGGGGCAGUACUACACGCUGGUUUAGAGGAUGCUGUGUCUGAUGAAAGAAGCACUUCAGUUUGUAGGAUUUCUGCGCAGGUUGGUGGGUUCGUAAGCCAGGAUUUUCAAGCUAAAUUGGAUGAGAUUGAUGUUGACUUAAGGUGUUUUGAGACCUCAAAGGUUGUUGGAGUGGAUGAGUGGGAUAUGCGGGCUGUUCCUAGUAACGAUAGGGGUGGUGGUUUAGCUCUUUUGUGGAAGAAGGAGGUGGAUGUGUGGGUGGAUAGUUUUUUGAACUAUCAUAUUGAUUCUAUUGUGCAUGGUGGUUCGGAGAAUGCUUGGAGAUUGACUGGUUUCUAUGGGAAGCUUGAUACAAAUCGUAGAAGUGAAGGUUGGAAUAUGCUAAGAAUGCUUAGCUCAAAGGAUUUUCGAGACUGGAUUUUACUUGGCAUGGGAGGCAAAGGGGAGAAUGGAUUUGGGAAAGGUAAGGUGAGACACUUAAAUUGCUUUACCUCAGACCAUAGGCCGAUUCUUCUUUAUUUGGAUGGUAAUGGUGAGCAACAAAAAUGGCAUAAGAAGCCUUUCCGGUUUGAAUCUAUGUGGAUUUCGAAUCCUGAAUGUAAAGAGGUGAAGGAGAAAUUGUGGCAUGCUGAAGAGGUUUCGGCCAGAUCUGGGGAUCAUGAGGAGGUGAUUCGAUUGAAAAAGGAGUUGAAUGUAUUACAUGACAAAGAGGAGAAAAUGUGGCAACAACGGUCUAGGGUUCAGUGGUUGAAGAAUGGGGAUCAGAAUACUAAGUUUUUUCAUAGGACUGCUACUCAAAGGAAGAGGAAGAAUUUUAUUAAGGGGUUGCGUGAUGGGAAUGGGGUUUGGCAAGAGGAUGAGGUGGUAUUUUCGACUCUCCUUAAUGAUUUUUAUACUAAUCUCUUUACUUCCUCAAAUCCACAGGAUUUAGAUCAUGUGUUGGAUAGGGCUGUUUUAUCUUGUUUAAAUUCAAGGUCUAUCCUUAGGUCUAUAAACCAUACCUUUAUUACUCUAAUCCCUAAAGUCCAUAACCUUAAAAGGGUUUCUGAUUUUCAUCCUGUAAGCUUUUGUACUGUGAUUUAUAAGAUUAUUAGUAAGGCGAUAGCAAAUUGUCUCAAGCCUAUGCUUAAUUCUAUUAUUUCUGAGAUCCAUAGUGCUUUUAUUGCUGAUCGAUUGAUCACUAAUAAUAUUUUAAUUGAUUUUGAGUCUUUGCAUCAUAUGAAGAAUAGUUAUUCUGGCAAGAAAGGUUUUAUGGCUAUGAAAUUGGAUAUGAGCAAGGCUUAUGAUAGGGUGGAGUGGGUUUUUCUUGAAAAAAUUCUCCUCAAGACGGGUUUCUCGGAUACAUGGGUGGCUUUGAUUAUGGAGUGUAUUACUACUGUGUCAUAUUCUAUUCUUGUGAAUGGUGAACCAAAUGGUGUGAUUGUUCCCUCUCGUGGCUUAAGACAAGGGGACCCUCUCUCCCCUUAUUUGUUCCUCUUUUGUGCUGAAGGGUUGAAUGCUCUCUUACGGAAUGCUGCAGAUGAAGGAGUGAUUAAUGGUUUCUCUCUCUGUAGAAAUGGGUCUAAACUAACUCACAUGUUUUUUGCAGAUGAUUGUUUAAUUUUUUGUAGAUCUACUCUUGAGGAGUGUAAUAAAAUUCAAGAACUAUUUACCAUUUAUGAGACUGCUUCAGGUCAAAUGAUCAAUAAGGAGAAGACUAAUCUCUUUUUCAGUAAGAAUACAGAUGAAGCUACUCAGGAAGCUCCAAAAGUGGCCCUUAGUGUUUCGGUCAUCAAACAUUAUGAGAAAUAUUUGGGGUUGCCCUCUUUUGUAGGUAGGGAUAGGAAAGCGUGUUCUACUUAG